CAUCACGCAACCAUUUCCUCACUCAAAGGGGCACAUUGAAUGAAUUCUGGGAAUUAUUCACAGCCAGGAGCAGGGCAAUCAGUAAGGGAACAAUGUCCUUGCCAGUGCUACCGCGGCGUGCCGCAUACAUCACGCUCAACACGCCGCAGCGUCGAAAUGCACUCUCCCUGGCCGAGCUCCAUUCCCUAAGGGACCAGCUCAUCAAGGCCAACACAUCCCCGACCACCGGCCGAACCCUCCUCCUCCCGCCUUUUAAGCCCGAUUUGCUCUCCAGAUUAGAACUAGCACACUCUAACUUCACUAGCAACCUCUCCGACGAGUACUCCUGGCUCGUCUCGGCCCGCGCCUUUGCCCAAGAGCGUCAGGGCCUCCCCUCGGUGCUGGUUCUCGCCGCACACGAGCCAGUGUUCUGCUCCGGCCACGACCUGCGCGAGUUGCGCACGCUGCCGGCAGCCCAGGUUUCCGAGACGUUUCGCCUCUGCGCCGAGGUCAUGUCGCUGAUCCGGCGCAGCCCGUCCCUCGUCGUAGGCCGCAUCUCGGGCCCCGCCAUUGCCGCGGGCUGCCAGCUCGCGCUGACCACCGACCUUCCCAUCGCGCAUGCGGACGGAACCCGGUUCAGACUGCCCGGAGCCGCACUGGGACUGCCUUGCUCAAGCCCCGUCACGGCGGUCAGUCGGCGGUUGGGGAAUGGCAGGGCGUUUUGGAUGCUGGCGACGGCAGAGGACGUGUCGGCGAAGGAGUUAGGAGAUGUUGUCCGUGUCGUGCACAGUGGGGAGGGUUCCGAGGGCUGGGUUCAGGCGCUCGACCGGGAGGUGGUGGGCACGGUGGAGAGGUUGGCCAGCAUGUCUCCCCAGCAGAGUGCUAUGGGGAAGUGGGCCUUUUGGACCCAGGCAAGCUUGACUGGAGCGGACGGGAUUGAGGUCGAGGGCAGCUGGGGGGAUGGCUAUCAGGACGCGGCCGAGUGGGCGGGGAGAGUCAUGGCGCUGCAUGCAAAGAGCGAGGAUGCCAGGGAGGGGAUGGACGCCUUCUUGGAGAAGAGAGCGGCUGUAUGGUGCGGAUUCGGGGAACGAAAGUAAGGGAAUCUUGAGAUACCAAUUGCCAGACACUAACGAAACCAUUAUUAUGUCGUAUUCAGGGGACAAUGG